AUGGCUAGUGGUGAGAAUCCGGAUCAACCGAGACAGCCUCGCAACUUGCAAGGUUUACUGAAGUUCGCCAUGGAAGCUACCAAAAGCGAAGACGCACCACAUGACGCACAACUUCAGCCGUUGGACGAAGAACGGCGACGAUUUCUGGAGGAAGCACUCAAAUCCCUUACCGUCGAUGUCGUUCAGGAGCUAGAGAAAUCGAUGAAUAUUUUGCUGGACAGUGAAUCGGAUGAGGAGGCAAAGAUUGAAGCGUUAGAAACAGUGACUGACUUCGUGGAGGAUAUAGACACCGCGAAUGAUUUCUUCAAAGUUGGCGGAUUCGUUAUUAUAAAGCCAGGGCUUGAGUCAAGCAGCGCAGAGGUUCGUAGCCGUACACUACGGUUAAUAGCUGCACUGGCACAGUGCAAUCCAUUCUGCCAGCAGCACCUGCUUGAGCUGACCAUCUUGCCAAAACUGAUCGAGUUACUUGCGGACGAAUUAUCCGUCGCACAGGAUGCCGUAUCCGCUGUAUCCGCUAUGGUACGACAAUACGAACCCUGUGCAGCGGCAUUCAUCGAUAUCGGUGGCCUCGAGAGCAUUAUGAAAUGUUUACAUUCAAAUGAUGAAAAGCUGAGCACAAGGUCCUCAUUUCUGAUGGUUUCCUUGAGUAAAGAGUUUGCACCGGUUAUGGAUAAGUUUAUUAAGCUAAAUGCGAUCGAAUGUGUGCUGACGUGGAUAGAGCUUUCGGAUCGGAUGCUGCAAACCGGACUGUCAGUUCUGGCAACGUUCGCGGAAACUAAAGAGGGCGUUCAGCGAUGCCGGGCAGACAGUAACUUGAAAGAGAAGCUGGACAUGAUCAUUGAGCUGGGAAGUGAGAAGGAUGAUUAUUGGGCACCGCUCGAUUUCGCUAAAACUCUGCUGAAACUCUGUUAUUCUGGUGAACAGGAUGGCGCCGACCGGUAG